AUAAAUAUAAAAUAUUUUAUUUACCCAUACAUUUUUCGAUUUAUUUUGUUCAAAUUGUAUAAAAUUGUUUAAUGGAUUGAAUUUUAUUUGCUGAUUUAUUUAUUUAUUUAAACUUUUUAAGAUAAUUUUAUUGACUGUUCCGUUGAAAAUUAAUUUUACCGCUUUUAUGUACCGAGUAUACUCGGUUGAUAAUGUAAAAUACUUUACGAUCAUAUUUAUUAUUAUGAAAGUAAUUUUUGUUUGUUACAUAACUACUACUAUAGGUAAUAAUUAUAAUUGUUUCUAUUUACAAUCAGAUAUAAAAUUAAUAAUGAUUUAUAUGAUAUAUUAUUAUUUAAUUAUUAUUACAUUGAAUUUACCGUAUUCUUUACAGUAUUGAUCAAAUAUCUGUGACGAAACGCACACACAACAUCGACAUAUUAAAUCAUUAUACUUAUUCAUGAUCUACAUCGUAGUUUAUCGGUAAUUAUAAUCUUUAUCGGAAACGUAAGAACUCGUAAAAUAAUAUUAAAAACACGAACUUGAAUCGCUAGUCGAUAUUUUUUUACAAGUAAACUUCUAUUAGGUAGCAAUUUUUCUUCUCGUUUAAAGAUUAUCGAACUAUCUUCAUCAACUAUAUAUCGAAUAAUAUAUCAUUAUUCAAUUGAUUAUAUUCAAAAUCUUUUAAAUCAUAGAAAAUUUUUUUUUUUUUUUUUAAUAAAAUUUGAACAUCUCUAUAGUGAAUUCUUAUUUGGAUUUUUUAUUAUUUUUAAUUAUUUUAAAUAAAUCUUAAACAAAGAUAAAAUAUAUUUGUUUUACUUAUUAUAACAUUCUUACGUAACUGUGAGGAGAGAAAAGAAUCGCAAAAUAUUCGAGUGUCAUAUAAAAGUGUUGGAAAAAGGUUGGGAAACACUGGUCAAGAAAUUAGAUUCAAGUACUUAGUUCCCUUCAUCGUGCGAGAGUCUCAAUCCCAUCGCUAUUAAAAGGAAGGAGCGAGCGCUCCUGAUGCUCUCGUAGUGACACCUAAAAUAAACCUCAUUUAACAAGAGAAGAGAACGAGAUCGUGCGUAGACGUUGCGUACAAGAACAGCCUCGUGGCGAUGGAGAGGCUCAGUCGAUGUGUCUCCAUGCUCUUCGAUGUUGUGCUGCGUUUCGAGAAGAGGUAUCGCAGGGGCGGAUCUAGGAUCCCCCUACGAUCACUGCUCAUCGAAAGAGCGAUCUGUCGACUUGGAAAAAAUAAUAGAAUCCGGACAAUUUCGUGAACCAGAUGUGCCGCCCAUCCUUCUCCCGUGCGCGAUAUGCGCACGGACAUUUAUGCCUCAGUCGUUGGAGAAGCACGCGAGGAUCUGCGAGCGGUCGGCGAACAAGAAGAGGAAACCAUUCGACUCGGCCAAGCAGAGGAUCCAGGGCACCGAGCUGGCCGAAUUCUUGCCCAGGCAAGAGAAGAAGCGACGAUCGCCGGAAGAGAGAUCCUCCAAGUCUUGGAAGCAGACGCACGAUGAUUUUCUACGGGCCAUCCGCGCGGCUCGCAACGAAAUCGUGGACUCGACCAUGCAAAAGCAAUGCAGCACAACGAUCACAUCGAGCGCGCCAACGCGGGCCAACGAGCAGGGUAUGUGCCCCACGUGCAAUCGCCACUUCGGCGUCAAGGCGUACGACAGGCACGUGGCCUGGUGCAAGGAGAGAAUCGCUCGGGUGCCGGUCAGCCCAGCGACGAACAUCGCCAAGGAACGGCUCGAAGCGCGGAUGAAGUAUCGGGCCCCGGCCGUGAAGAGUCGUCGGCAAGCGACCCGCGAGAAAUAUUCGCCGGGCUCGGCGAUCACUCUCAGCGCUGGGAACAAGAUGUCCCCGGGCUUGGUCCCGAACAAAGCCAAGGAGAGCGCCUCUGCACCGUCCUGCAACAACAAGAGCAACGACAGCCCCGUUAAACAGAAAACCACUCUCGUCAGACGUUCCAAUCCGAUGAAGGAGUCCACCUCGACAAUUCCCCCGAUGAAGUCUCGAUUGCCGGAUCGUACGAAUAGGCAACUCGAAGACGAUGCCGGACCGUCCACCUUUCGACCUGCUCCCCCUGUUAAAAGAACCUCCCACCUCCCAGUCCCGCCCUUAAAAGCACAUAAGAGAGAAAGUUUCGACGAAUGGAACAAUAACAAUAACACUGUCCCCCCCCAAUCGCCGAGAUCGUGUAACAAGAGACGAGAAGCAACGAGAAAGUCGUUAGUUAAAGCGAGACAGGACGGUGAGCAGAUGGCGGCCAACAGUCAAAAAACGAUGAGGCAGCAGGAGGAGAGGCAUCAACAAACGUUACACUCGGCGAGGUCGUUGAAAAUGAACAUCGUCUCGGCGAGAAGUCAGGGAAAUCCUAAAGUGAACGACGUCUCGAUCAACGACGAUAUCGUGGGCGUCACUGUGAAACCUUGCAACAUAUACGGGACCAAUAAUCAGUUGACCACGUGGAAACAGAUCGCUGAAACGGAUCAGACGAAGAUUCUGAUGAACAGGCGGUGCGACGAGGAUCUUCUCCUCCCCUCCACGGAGGACGAGAAACGAGCGACGAGAGCGGAGAACGUAGGAGAAUUCUCGAACGACAACGACGAGGACGCGUCGAAGGAGAAGGAGGAGGACGGGGCGAGGAAAUUGAGCUCGAGAAGCGAGAGCAUGAAUUGGUCGUCGACCACGACAACGUUGAAUCAAACGUACUCGUUCAGGGAGGCAGGGGCCAGGGUGUGCGACGACCGGCCGACGGCGAGGAGCAAAAGGUGGAGGCCGGUCAGGCACAGCCCUCGCGUUGAAUUCUGCUUGAAAGAGCCGGUCAAAGUGAAUCAGAUUUACGUCUCCUCCCUGUUCUCGGGAGAAACGGGGAAUAAGUGUUACGGGGACCCGUGCGAAAAUCCUUCGAGCGAGGAAAGAAAGGGAGGGGAGGAACGGCUUAGUGCGUCGAAAGCACAGGAGAGCAAUCGUUACUUCGAAAAUUCUCUCGACUCCUCGGCGAGGAGUAAUAACAAAAUAUUCGAGAAGAAAGGAUCGAGAUCGACCGGUGGUUACACGGACAACGAGGAGGAGGAGGAGGAGGAGGAGGAGGAGGAGGAUUCGGGGGACAACUUCGAAAUUUUAAACUCGUCGUCGAGAAGUUUGAGGGGGAAGGAGGUGGACGUGGACGGAUCGAGCGCAGGCGCGGCGGCGAAAAGAAGGGGGGAACCGUUGGACUACGAAGUGGGCGGGGCGAUCGAGACGAACAUCGAGGCGAAGGAAAAUUCUUCCCUGUUCGACGAAAAUUUGAUCGCCUCUAUCUCGUACGAAUUCACCGAUCUGAACGUGUACGACGAUUUCACUGAAAAGGAACGGGACAAGAAUCAUGCGGAGGAAGGGAACGAGGAGGAGGAGGAGGAGGAGGACAUGAGUCGAUUGUACGACGACGAUCGAGCGUCGUACGAGGAUCGAUCGUGCAAGGAGAUGGAUAACUCCUCGAUGGGGAGAGUCGAGGGGAGAAAGAAUUCCGUGGAGAGCGAGAAAACGAACGAGGGAUUGUUCAAGAGCGAGACGAAUUGGAUCGAGAUGGAAACCGAGCCCUCCUUCCUCACCGAGAUCAUACUUCAACCGUCCAGAUCGAGCACCCCGUUCGUAAGCUUCGAGGCUCGUUCCUCGAAGGAGAGGUACGACGAAGGAGAGUACGAUGAGAAUACGAAGGAAAACUCGAUGGAGUGGAAGGUGGAGAUAGACACGGAGACAGGUUCGGAGGUGUUGUAUCGCGUGGAGAACAACAGCGGGGAUUCGAAUCGUUCGAGCUCGAGGGAUUCGAGGGACGGGUUGAGGGGAAAGGGCUCGUCCCGUUCCGUGGAAAGAGAUUUCGCGAGGUUCCCCCCGACGCUGCCAAAGGAGAGGAAGACGCCUUUCUCGGGGGGCGCCAGGUCCCCCUCGUUGAGAAGGAAGGAGGAGAAAACCGAUCGAUCGCCGAUCGCGUAUCCGCUCGAAGAGGACGAGCGGGUAACGUUCCCGAAGGUGCAGAGGAAAGAGAUCGGGAAUCAGAUAAACAUUUGCGAUUGCUCGAAGGAAAUAUCCCCGAAUAAUUGGUCCAAGUGCGAGAAAUCUGUGGGCGAGUGUUCGAUCGCCGAUUUGAGCGGCGAGAAGGGAGAAUUUGGACGCGACGUGCAAGACGCGAUAUUGGAGAAUUGCGGGGCGCGAGAUCGAAGAACGAAGUUGGACAACUCGGAGAAGAAUUUUAAUUCGGACGUGAUCGAAUCCUCGAUGAGCCAAUUGAACACGAAUUUGGAAACGGACGAUAUCGCGAUGAAAGACGUGGACAGUUUGAGGAAUAACGGGGAGGAGGAGGAAGAGGAGGAGGAUGAGAACGGGAACGAGAACGAGGAGGUUCAAGAAAUCUAUUCGGCCAAGGAUUUCGAUUGCGACAGCGAUAACAGCGUGGAGAAUCGGGUGCAGGAGACGAUGAAGAAAACGGAGGAGAAAACGAGGCAAACGCUUCCGAGUUUGCGAUCGAUCAUUUUGUCCGAGUCGUGCGUGAAACUGAGCCAACGCGUUCAAAUGGAGGAUUCGUCGGUGUCGAAUCGAUCGACAGCCCUGAAAUCCCGCCGGUCGAGAAGGGUAGAGAUAGAGAAUAGAAUUCAUCAGGAGAACGUCGAGACCGUGGAAGUGGAGACGAUCGAGGAGAUAGGAACGAGGAAUAGAAGUAUCAAAUUUCGAAUAUUGCCGGAGAUAAAGGGGACAGGUGUGCUCGCGAAGAGGAGCUACGACGAUAAGGAGAGAAGCGAUCCCCAAACGUAUUGGGAGAAAGCGUCGAAAGCAACGAGGAAUCGUUUAAUCAAUCUCGAUCCGCCGUAUCAAGGGGCGAGCAGGUUUCUUAAGAGAAAUCCAAAAGUUCAUAUCCUUCCCCCCGUUCCAAGUAGCUCUUCCUUGGUUAAUCGCAGGAAUAUAAAACUGCCAUUACAUCCCGUAUGGAGCAAUUACGUGCGCAGAAGACCGGAUUUUAAUCUCUUGCUUAGCAGUAGAACCGGGAAGGAUUACGAUCCUUUCCUAUUGGCGGAGCAACAGAUGAACGACCUGCUCUCAGACACCAGCGAGCAAUCCGUGGCGGAUAGCUGUCCAUCGAUCGAGCAAAAUUCCCGCCAAAAAUCAUUCCCUCUCUCUCAUUCCUCGGCAUUCGCCAAAUAUCCUUGUCAAUCCUCGUCCAAUCCUUCGAGAAACGUCGAGAAACGUUCCUCCUCGAUACCUCCCCCAACCGAACUCGAUGACAUCACCUCGGACUUCUCGAGCGAUUCCACCGAGACGAACUCGUUGUCCCGGGAGCUUCUUUUCUCUCUCAAGGAUGAGAAAGAACGGACGAAAGAUUCGAGAGGAACGAAUCCAGAAAAGAGAUCCCCGGUCAGGGAAUUGGGUAGACGGGUGAUCAUCGAUAAAUCGAAAGCGUUGGGAGGAGACGAGUUGGUCGAGGAGGGGAAUAAAAGCGUGGUGGUCGAGGCUCGUAAGAUCGUGGAGCCUAGACCGUCGGUAAAGAUGAUUCGCCCUAUCGUCGAUCGUUCCCUGUCCGUUCGCGCCUCUUCCGCGCCCAAGGCUGGCCAAGAACGCGGGAAAAAUCCCAAAAUCCAUUCCCACGACGAGAACGUAUUACAGUCACGUAAAAAUAAGAAUUCGAACGGGAGGAAUAAUAAUUAUCCUUUGAAUCUUUCGAGCAGCAAUUUGAGCCUUAGCUCGAUAAUAUCCUCGGACGUGGACAUGAAACGAUCGAAUUCAGUGUUCGACGAGUUGAUGACCUCGUUCGAGGAGGAUGAGAAUGGUUCGUUCGUUCCAUCCUUGAAAUCCCUUCUGAAAACCGAUUCCUUGUCCAGCCCUGUCCACGCGUCCAGACAUCGCAACGGCCGUAUCAGCGAUGAGGAACUGUCUUCGCCCGAGAGUUACAAGAGGCAGGAUCACAAUAAAAUGAGCGGAGAUUCCGCUUACAGCAGUUUAAAUCGCAAAUAUUCACACCACGGACGCAGCACCAACGACGUGGCCGCACGUUUCGACGAGGAUACGUCGAGAAGCAACCGUCGAGACGGGGACGGAGGUGGGGGAAUCCACGUGGUCAAGUGCAAGAUGUCCAAGUAUUGCCAUCAGUGCGGCUUCAAAUUCCCCGAAACUGCCAAAUUUUGUUGCGAAUGCGGCAUCAGGAGGCUCGUGCUCUGAAACUUCCGGCUGGUCGACAGCCAUGAACGACUUCGAAGAAGAAGCGAUCAACUUCGAAUUAGAUGAUAGAACGAUUCGAAUGUAAACACAAGGUUCAAGAACAAAUGCAAAUGUCGAAGCACGGAUGAUGAUAAAAAAAAAAAAAUAUCAGCACACGAAGGAAUUGAAAAGAAGAGUUUAUUUUUAAAUAUUCGUGGAACUGUUUAGAGAAGAGAAGAAUUUUAUUCUUGCAGUUUAGAAUUCAAAGCUAUUUAUCUACGUAUACUCUAGUCACAUGUUUUGGUCUAUUGGUGAAAUUUAAGGGAAGAAGUUUUAAAAAAAAAGAAAUGGUGAAAUUUAUCUGGUAUAUCAGGGAACACGGAAGAGAAACCAGAAGAGUCAGUCAAGCAAGAGAUAUCUGAGAUUUCUAUUACAUAACAUGUAUAUUUUGAUUAACAAGGGAGAGAAUUAGAUUUUAAAAAUUUAAUCGAUUCAAGAUUUCACGUCCUCCCAAUAUUCAGGAUCAAAUUUGUUCUAUGUGAAGAUUCGUAUUGGUACGAAAGUCGAAUAAGGACGAAUGAUGAAAGUUGCAGAACGUGAUACAAUGAUAUUGUUCAUAAUUAUUCGAAUUAUUUUACGCGAAUCGCGUAAAAUCUAUAAUAUUUUAUAUUUAUUGGAAUAAUAUGAUAAAAUAUUGAAAAAUUUGUACGAAUAUAUGUACGUAAGAUCUAAAUUGUAAAUUUGAAUCAAUAAGAAAAAUCCUUGGCUGUAAGAAUUAUCAGAUUUAUUCACGUAAUAACUUCUGGUACUAAAUUCUGAUUGAUGGAAUAAUCGAUUAUUCGAAUAAUUGUGAACAAUCGAUUAUUGUACGGCAUUACGAACGGAUAUAUUUUAUUGAAAUUUCAUUAAUUUAUUAAGCGUAUGCGUUAUUGAGAGAGAACUUUACGUUUGCUUUUUGUUGAAAAACAAGUACUUAACGCGAAAGGACGGAAACGAUAAUUUUAUAGUAGCGUUCUCGGUUACAUUGUUCAUUGUUGGUAAUAUUACUCACGCCUCUUUUUACUCAUUCAGCUUUACGUCUGUGAACAAGCGAUACAUUAAAAUCCGUCUUCUUUUUCCUUAUUCUAUUUAUCGAAUAACAAUUUUUUUUACGCUUUUUAUAUACGCGAAUGGGCACGAACGAAGAAGAAAAAUGAAGAUGAAAAUCGAAUCACGUAUUUUAUAAGUGUGUGUGUAACAAAACGACCGUAGCGUAAGUUUAAAAAAAGUAUUUAUUAGGAAUAGGCGAAUUGCUAGUACAAUUUUCGCGCUCAAAUAACAAUCGGUUAAAUCAUUGCUAAAGUUAACAAAUUACGGGUGAGUAACCAAAUGCACCGUUUUUUUUUUUUUAAUAUAAUAACAAGAUAAAUAACAACGUAAGAUUUUUAUUAAAAGAAGAAUGAAAGCUGAAAUAAUAGCCGCUACAAAAUCUGCCGAAAUAACGUUUAAUAUAUCCUAUAUGAUAAAAGCGAUUCGUUACUACUUAUCCAUUCUCUGGUGUCCAACGAAUACCAAAGUGAAAAAUCGAACCGAUUAGCAAAGAGAUAUAAACCAAACUAAUUGUAUACUAUCUUAAUAACGUAACAAAUUGUCUAUGUUUUGAACUGUAUUUUUGCAAGUGCAAUAAAGUUAUGCUUGUACGAAA